UUAUUCCUCCUUUUUCAUUUCAUUUCCUCCUCCUCUUCAGUUUUCUCUGAAAACUUUUUUCCUACCAUCUUCUUCUGCCAGACAACAAGAACAACCAACAAAAAAAAAGAAAGAUGUGUGGAGGUGCAAUCAUUUCCGGGGGGUCUCCGAUCAACCCCGGCCGGAAGUUAACCCCAAAAGAACUGUGGGCUGAGUUUGACACCAUCUCUCCCUUCUGGGGCUUCGACCCUUCUGGCCAGGCUGCAGAUACCAAGGCCACUGACAAGAACAAGCACCCAAAGAAAGGAGCAGGUAAUCAGAAGUCUGAGAAGAUCAGUCAGAAGCCUAGGAAGAACAAGUACAGAGGGAUCAGACAGAGGCCAUGGGGAAAAUGGGCAGCUGAGAUUCGCGAUCCACAAAAGGGCGUUAGAGUUUGGCUCGGCACAUUCAACACAGCUGAAGAAGCAGCCAGGGCUUAUGACAAGGCAGCCAAGCGCAUCCGGGGCGACAAGGCUAAACUCAACUUUGUUGCUGAUGAUCAGCCGCCACCAACCACCCCAUCACAGCCGACACCACCUCGGCAGCCACUGGCCAAGCGGCGUUGUGUCACCCCUGAGCCACCGCCGGCUUAUUAUCCUCAGCCUGAUCAGGAGAUCUUGGAGUCAAUUGGACCAACCCCGCCAGUAGUGGACCCUGGCUUCCAACCCCAGCCUUACUAUCCGUCCCAAGUGACUGAUCAAGAUUAUCAGUAUGGGGAUCAAUUUUCCAGCUUGGAAUCUUUCCUGGGCUUAGAACCUGAGACGACCACCACAGCAACAUCUCAGUUUGGUGGGAUCACUGAAUCGGACCAGGUUGAUCUCUGGAUGAUGGACGAUCUUGUUGCUACAGCCCAGCAGCCUAAUAAUCUGCUGUAUUAAGUGAAAUUUUACCAUAGACUAUCUAGAUUAGAAACUGCGUGUUUUUCUCUCCUGUUUUGUCUUUUGCGUGUACUUUCAGACUUUUACUGCCUGAUGUGGGAUAAUUUUUACUGCAUUCUGUGGAUGGUGUCAAUAUCAUGGUACACUAUAAUAAUAAUAAUAAUAAUAAUGCUUUGGCAUCAAUUAAUUAGCCAGCAA